UUAUUUAAUAAUCAUUUUUAGAGUAACGGAAUUGACGGACCUAUUUCAUCAUGUCUGACAAAAGCAAUUUUCUGCUGUUAUUCGACAGACCCCAAGAACCCUGUUUUAUGCCCAAAGGAGACAAGAAGUGCGUCUUUGAUGUUCCUCUAGAUUACUUGCCCGACAAAUACAAAUCCGUUGGAACUGUAGUGAUGUCGCGUUUUGGCCAAUCCGAGGGAGAAGACCAGAUUCCAAAAAUUGCAGUCAAACAGAUUUCAAUUCCUCCUCUGGACGAUGUCAUGAAGCUUCGCCGAGAUGAGAACUUCUCCCUCUUCAUCCCUAAACAUCGCCAAAUAGCUGCCAGGCUAAUAGACAUUUUCUUAGGUAUUCCAGAAUAAUUAUAAUGUACCAUU